CGCCGCAGCGCCACUGCAAUGGCUGAGCCGGGCCGUCGGACGCCGCCGCCCGAGUCCCGGAGCCGCCCGCCUGCGGGGAGCCUCGGUGAGUGAGAAGAUGUAGAGGGGCCGCAGGCAAGCGAUCGGCCCAGACGCGCGGCUGCCCCUCGGGCCACCCUCACCAUGUCCAAAAAGGGCGCAGGCGGCCGGAGCAAGGGGGACAGGGCGGAGGUCCUCGCCGCGCUGCAGGCCGCCAACGAGGACCUGCGGGCCAAGCUCACCGAGAUCCAGAUUGAGCUGCAGCAGGAGAAGAGCAAGGUCGGCCGGGUGGAGAGGGAGAAGAACCAGGAACUCAGGCAGGCGCGGGAGCACGAGCAGCACAAGAGCGCCGUCCUGCUCACCGAGCUGCGGACCAAGCUCCACGAGGAGAAGAUGAAGGAGCUCCAGGCGCUGCGGGAGGCGCUGCUGCGCCAGCACGAGGCCGAGCUGCUGCGCGUCAUCCGGACCAAGGACAGCGAGAACCAGCGGCUGCAGGCGCUGCUGCACGCCGUGCGCGACGGCGGCCCGGACCGGGCGCGCACCGUGCUGCUGUCCGAGGCCAAGGAGGAGGCCAAGAAGGGCUUCGAGGUGGAGAAGGUGAAGAUGCAGCAGGAGAUCUCGGAGCUGAAGGGCGCCAAGAGGCAGGUGGAGGAGGCGCUGACCCUGGUCAUCCGCGCCGACAAGAUCAAGGCCGCGGAGAUCAGGAGCGUGUACCACCUGCACCAGGAGGAGAUCUCCCGUAUCAAGAAGGAGUGCGAGCGCGAGAUCCGCCGGCUGAUGGAGGAGAUAAAAUUUAAAGACAGAGCAGUCUUCGUGCUGGAGAGAGAGUUAGGGGUUCAAGCCGGGCAUGCUCAGAGACUCCAGCUCCAAAAAGAGGCUCUAGACGAGCAGCUGUCCCAGGUCAAAGAGACCGACCGGCACCCGGGCAGCCCCAGGCGGGAGCUUCCUCAUGCAAGCGGUGCAGGAGACGCCUCAGACCACUCAGGAAGCCCUGAACAGCAGUUGGAUGAAAAGGAUGCUCGGCGUUUCCAACUUAAGAUUGCGGAGCUGAGCGCGAUCAUCCGGAAACUCGAGGACCGCAAUGCCCUGCUGUCGGAGGAACGGAACGAGCUGUUAAAGCGUGUAAGGGAAGCUGAAAGUCAGUACAAGCCAUUGCUGGACAAAAACAAACGCCUCACUCGGAAGAACGAAGAUCUGUCCCACAGUUUACGUCGGAUGGAAAACAAGUUAAAAUUUGUCACCCAGGAGAACAUAGAGAUGAGGCAGAGAGCAGGGAUCAUACGGAGACCCAGUUCCUUGAACGACCUGGAUCAGAGUCAGGACGAGCGGGAGGUGGACUUCCUGAAGUUGCAGAUUGUUGAGCAGCAGCAUCUCAUAGAUGAGCUCUCCAAGACCCUGGAGACCGCUGGCUACGUGAAGAGCGUGUUAGAACGUGAUAAGCUUUUAAGAUACCGGAAACAAAGAAAGAAAAUGGCAAAACUCCCCAAGAAGCCGGUUGUCGUGGAGACCUUCUUUGGAUAUGAUGAAGAGGCUUCUCUGGAGUCCGACGGUUCUUCCAUCUCUUACCAAACAGACAGGACAGACCAGACCCCAUGCACCCCAGACGACGACCUGGAGGAGGGCAUGGCCAAGGAGGAGACAGAGCUGCGGUUCCGCCAGCUGACCAUGGAGUACCAGGCCCUGCAGCGGGCCUACGCGCUGCUGCAGGAGCAGGUCGGAGGGACGCUGGACGCAGAGCGAGAAGUUAAGACCCGUGAGCAGCUGCAGGCGGACGUUCAGAGGUCGCAGGCGCGGAUCGAGGACCUGGAGAAGGCCCUGGCUGAGCAAGGGCAGGAUAUGAAGUGGAUUGAAGAGAAGCAAGCGCUGUUUCGGAGAAAUCAGGAGCUGGUGGAAAAGAUUAAACAAAUGGAGACUGAAGAGGCUCGGCUGAAACACGAAGUCCAGGAUGCAAAGGACCAGAACGAGCUGCUGGAGUUCCGGAUCCUGGAGCUGGAGGAGAGGGAGAGAAAGUCGCCGGCCAUCACCUUCCACCACACCCCCUUCGUGGAUGGGAAGAGCCCCCUGCAGGCGUACUGCGAGGCAGAAGGCGUGCCGGACAUCCUGGUCUCGGAGCUGAUGAAGAAGCUGGACCUGCUGGGGGACAACGCCAAUCUGACCAACGAGGAGCAAGUGGUCGUCAUACAAGCCAGGACAGUCCUGACCUUGGCCGAGAAGUGGCUGCAGCAGAUCGAGGAGACGGAGUCGGCCCUGCAGCGGAAGAUGGUGGACCUGGAAAGUGAGAAGGAGCUGUUCAGUAAGCAGAAGGGCUACCUGGAUGAGGAGCUAGACUACCGGAAGCAGUGCUUGGACCAGGCUCAUAAGCACAUCCUGGAGCUGGAAGCCAUGCUGUACGACGCCCUGCAGCAGGAGGCCGGGGCCAAAGGAGCCGAGCUGCUGUCGGAGGCGGAGCGCGAGAAGCUCGGGGUGGCGAUGGAGCAGUGGAAGCGCCAGGUCAUGAGCGAGCUGCGCGAGCGGGACGCCCAGAUCCUGCGGGAGCGCAUGGAGCUUUUGCAACUGGCGCAGCAGAGAAUUAAAGAAUUAGAAGAAAGAAUAGAAGCCCAGAAGAGACAAAUAAAGGAACUGGAGGAAAAGGUAAGGAAGCCCCCCUUUCCUCCAACUUUACCGGAGAGCGGCGGGUGCCCGGGCAGGAGAGCGAGGCGGCGCGUCUCAUCCCUGAAGACUCGGGGGAAGCUGGCCUCUGCAGAUCCCCUGCCGUCGAGGAGGAGGGAGAGAGGGGGUCUCUGAGCACCUCCGAGGGGACUGUCCACUUUGAUGAGCCAGAAUUAGAACUCGUUCUCCGACUGGGCUUCUCUGAAGAGACCUGGUCUUGGCUGCGGACCCCAGGUCCUUGCUUGGGACACAGCCCCCCAGCCCCAGUUACGGGACCUUGCGGGGCCCCUGCGGGCAGGUGCCAAGGGCUGCUUCAGGGCAGGAGCCCCAGUCCCCGCCUCCCCUGGAUCCCUCAGUGACUGCAGCGUGAGUCGGAGCAGAGGGCGGACUCCCAGAAACAAUGCAGGUGGCCGGCAGCAUGCCGCGGCGAGGCUGUUGCCACGACGGGGACCUUCGUCCAGGGCACCCAGGCGGCUCAUGGAGCAUCUCCAGGGUGGUUCCCUGGGUCACCAGGCCAGCUGCGAAGACGCUGCAACUCGCCCGCUGGGGUCCUGGGCGCUUGCCGACUGACGCAUGCGGCCACGCUGCCGUGUUAAAUGCUGUCACUAGUGGGAACAGAACCGUGGAUGCCACAGUGCUGCUAGCCUCCCGCCCUGAGUCCCCCCGAGGGACUGGCCAGAGCGAGGACUGAGAGCCGGUGGAGGGAGCUGGGAUGAGAAGGGCAGGUGGCUGGACAGGGCCGGGCCUCACUGGAGACGCAGGGGCCGGAGGCCGUCUCGAGCGGCGCAGACCCGGGCACCGCAGAGGCAGGCCCAGUGUGGCCGAAGCCGCCCGGCCCAGAGCUGCAGCCUUCACGCUCCAGGGGCAGAGUCUGGCGAGGACCACAGCGCCCGUAGGUCUGCGGUUGAGAAGGGGGCUGAUGCCCAGCUGGCAGCAGAGGAGAAGCAGCACGGCGAUGAAGCCAGUUUAAGGCGUGAGUUCCACUCCUUGAGCAUCGUGGUCCACAGCCUGGGAGAGCCUCCCUGCACUGGGACACAGCCCGACUUGCGGCUUGGAGGUGGUCCUUCUGUUAACCUCGCACCCUUGAGUCUAAGGUUGUGCUGUCAGUAAUGCAGUGUGUGUGUGUGUGUGUGUGUGUGUGCAUGAGUCUGUGUGUGCACACACACGUGCUCUGUCAGAAGACACACAGGGUUGAGCUCUUUUGAGGCACUUAGAGAUUGAUGUACUGGGUAAUGAGAUGGGCAGCCAGGUGAGAAGGUAACAGACAACAUUGUAUAAAAGAAACACAAGCUACAUUGCCCAGGAGCUGGAGGGAGGUCCGCCUGUGUUGUCUGCAAGUGUUAGGUUCACUUUAUAUUUGUGUCGGAAGAAACGUUCCACUCGGGUACGGAUGACAGAGGCAGCCAGACCAGGCUUGAUUCCCUAGGAUGAAUCGAGAGAAAGAUUACAGGAUCAGACAGACAUGCUUUUCUCUAGUGGGUGCAGAUUUUCCGCUGGGCAAUGGACGAUUAAUCAACACUUGUCCAAGAAGGAUGCAUCCUUUCUGUUGUCUUUAAAGCCACAGUUAUGUAUUCACUUGGACAAGAAAUGGGGCCAGUUCACUGCUUUUCCAUGUGAGCUUGAUGUCAGGUUUGUAUCUCAAGUCCAAAGUCUGCUUUAACCCUCCCUACAUUCUUUUGUCUUGUUCUAAUGACUGCCCGGCUUGGCACAUUUGUUGUACUCAAGCAAAUGGCAAACAAUAGACUUGCAUGAAUGAAAGCCACCGUGGAGCUAUGGAUGAACCCCCAGAGUGAUGCUGAUGGAGUGUAUGAUGCAGGCGUCAGGAGCCGCUCCACAGUUCCAUUCCUGAGGGCCUGCCCGGCGCGGUGUGUACCUGCCCAGGAGCAGCAGUUAUGGAGGCUGGCCAUUUGGGAUCCCAAAAUGUGCAUUUUAAACCCAAACUCACACCCCUCGUUGUUUAUUUGGGUCAUCAUGAUUUUCAUGUUGUACAUAUGUCUGGAGUACUUCAUAUGCCCAUACAUCCCAGAUUCUCAAUCACAGCUUUGUAAUUUUUAAAAGGAGGCAAACUCUACAGGAAAGAGAAACAUGUAAAUAUGUACCAAUACUUAUGAAGUCAUUAUUAUCUGUAUGUAAAUAGGAUGUGCGUUGGAAAGGGAAAAUGGCUCAGUGAAUGUUUUAAGUAAUCCAUGUACCAAACUGCAUUUCAAAACUGCAUGUUCCCCAAAGCACACAGUCAGCUGCGAUGCCAAGUCUUCUCUUCAGACACCGUUGUUUCUGUUCAUGUAUCACGGGCACCUUCUGUUCAUCUGACUACAAAAUCCAGCAUCUCAGGGUUGGGCUUUUGAAAAAAAAAAAGAGAGAGAGAAGAAAGAGACAAAUAUGGGUGUUCGUCACUAAUUCCUGCCAAUCCACUGAGCGUCUGAAGAAUUCUAGUAUUUUUAAAUUAUAUGCAUUUUCUAAAUACUAGAAUGUACCUUUUAUUCAAAACCAGUGGACUGGAUUGAAUUGAAUAUUUGGGCUCUCUGUUUAGCUCUUCAAAUAGAGGAAGUGUCAGGAAGAGGGUGAAACACAGAAGUGUUUGCUGCGUAACUGAGGUGUGUGCAGCCUAACAGCUAUCACCACACGCAGCGCGCACGAUGUCUAGGAAAACACACACGUGCUUUCAUUUGUCCAAAGCAGAAUUCCCGUGCACAGCAUCCAUAAAACACACACGCUUCCGUUCGUCUAAACCAGAAUCCAUGUAGACUGCGGCUUCUUGUUGACACAGUGUGUGUCCCUCGUUCCCAUGGUCUCAAGCUCCAGUUGCUGAAGGACCGUGGCUUUUCCUUCAAGUGCUCAGCCCUCGAGGAGCCUGUAGCCUUCAGGACACCCCGAGUGCCUUACGCGGCUGUGAACACCAGCCGGCAGUCAGGAGGGAGGGCGUGCCGGGAGUGGGUUUGGAGGUGUCGGACAUUAAUCUACACUGACCAUCACUGCGUCAUGGACCUUAAGAUGGACUGUAUGUUUUAACACAGUAAUGGAUUUACGUUUAGGCUCAGGAAAAUCAAGCUGUACAUAUAGGUAUCAAAUCAUAUAUUUGUUUACUGUAUAUUUUUUAAAAGCUUUAUUGUGAAUUUAUGCAAACACGAAUGAGGACUUGUUUUCUCAUGGCCGUGCGCCAGGCAGUGUUUGUGUUCCCUGAAGCAAUUCCUUAAUAACCAGACUCUAAACACGUGAUACUCUGUGCAGUGCUAAACAGUAUUCUGAGGCCUAAAAUAGGUUUGUAUGGUGAUCAACUACAGAUUUUACACAUAUUUUUGUAUUGUGAUUCCUAUGAUAUAUACCAGAGAAUUUUUACUCAUUUGUAAAUUACUGUACAGUUUUUAAUAAAGAUUGUUUUAAAUCUUAGAAUAUCAAAGUUCUCC